CCAUAUUUUUGGUUUAUAAACAAACCGCCUAUGAAAACUAACAAAACUGUAAAAUCACCGUCUAUCUUUGUCCUGUUUCAUCCAUAGAAAGAGGGUUUUUGCAGGGUUUACCAUUAAUCUUAUCACCAUUCACUCUUCCUUAAACAAUGGGUUCUUUGGAGAAUGGAACACCCAAACCAAUAGAUGAAGAAGAAGAACCAAUACUAAUGAAACAGACUCAGAGAUUCUGUAUGUUUCCAAUUCGAUACAAACAACUUUGGGAGAUGUACAAAAAGGCUGAAGCCAGUUUCUGGACCGCGGAAGAAGUAGAUCUUUCCUAUGACGUACACCAUUGGGCAACCUUGUCUGACUCCGAGAAGCACUUCAUAUCACAUGUUCUUGCUUUUUUUGCUACAUCCGAUGGAAUUGUUUUGGAGAAUUUGGCUGCAAGGUUUCUGAAUGAUGUUCAAAUCCCAGAGGCUCGAGCAUUCUAUGGGUUUCAGAUAGCCAUCGAGAAUAUUCAUUCUGAGAUGUAUAGUUUGCUGUUGGAGACAUAUAUUAAAGACUCAAUAGAGAAGCAUAAAUUAUUCAAUGCGAUUGAAAAUCUUCCUUGUGUUGCAAGGAAGGCUGAAUGGGCUUUGAGUUGGAUUAACAGUUCCACUUCAUUUGCGGAGAGGCUUGUUGGUUUUGCAUGUGUUGAAGGGAUAUUUUUCUCGGGAAGCUUCUGUGCCAUAUUCUGGCUUAAAAAGAGGGGAUUAAUGCCAGGUCUUACAUUCUCAAAUGAACUAAUCUCAAGAGACGAGGGUCUUCACUGUGAUUUUGCUUGCAUGUUAUACAGCUUGUUACUAAGAAAGCUCGACUAUGAACGUGUUCAAAAUAUUGUACACGAAGCUGUUGAAAUUGAAACUGAGUUUGUCUGUGACGCACUCCCUUGUGCUUUGAUUGGCAUGAACUCAAAGCUUAUGAGCCAAUACAUAAAAUUUGUUGCUGACAGGCUAUUGGUUUCCUUAGGGUGCACAAAAAAUUACAAAGUGGAAAAUCCCUUUGAUUGGAUGGAGUUUAUUUCUCUGCAAGGAAAGGCCAACUUUUUUGAGAGAAGGGUGGGUGAUUAUCAAAAGGCAUCUGUGAUGUCGAGUCUCCAAGAUGAUGGGAAGAACUUUGUUUUCAAACUUGAUGAGGAUUUCUAAACAUACAACUUCAAGUAUUAUUCAUAGGAUGAUGAUAAUGAAUCAAAACAUCAAUUUUUUUGUUUAUUAUCUUUGUCAAGUUACAGAUUAGCCUACACAUAUAGGUAAUUCCGAGCUGCUAUUAUCAAUUAGAGCACAUGUAUAAUAUUUAUUUGUUCUGUUGUAAGUUCCUAUACAGUAAUUAUACAUAUAAUAAGUUAAUAACAUCUUGAACUAUUAUAAUCUCCUUUUGUUCA